AUGAGAGGGAAAAUCUCCCUGUCACAUCCCAUUGAAAUCUCCAUUUUAGGCACUGCUGCUCCUCUGCUGCUCAGGUCCUUCCAUCGUCCCACUGCAGCGAGCAGAGCCAACACUGGGCAACCCUCUAAAAUGUUUAUUUGGACCAGUGGCCGGGGAUCCACAUCUUACAGACACGAUGAGAAAAGAAAUAUUUACCAAAAAAUCAGGGAUCACGACCUGCUGGACAAAAGGAAAACAGUCACAGCCCUGAAAGCUGGAGAAGACCGGGCCAUACUGCUGGGGCUGGCCAUGAUGGUGUGCUCUAUCAUGAUGUACUUCCUGCUGGGAAUCACGCUGCUACGCUCCUACAUGCAAAGUGUCUGGACAGAAGAGACUCAGUGCUCACUUCUCAAUGCAUCCAUCACAGAAACCUUUAACUGCUCAUUUAACUGCGGUCCAGAGUGCUGGAAAAUCUCUCAGUACCCCUGCCUGCAGGUGUAUGUUAAUCUCACCUCUUCUGGCCAGAAGCUUCUACUCUACCACACCGAGGAAACAAUGAAAAUUAAUUCUGAGUGUUCGUACAUCCCCAAGUGCGGCAAGAAUUACGAAGAGUCCAUGUCACUGGUGAACGUUGUGAUGGAAAACUUCAGGAAGUACCAACGCUUCUCCUGCUUCUACGACCCCGAGGGCGUUCAGAAGAACGUGAUCCUAACCAAACUGUACAGCUCCAACGUGCUGUUCCACUCCCUGUUCUGGCCCACCUGCAUGAUGAUCGGUGGGGUCGCCAUCGUCGCCAUGGUAAAGCUGACUCAAUACCUUUCCCUGCUCUGUGAGAGGAUCCAAAGGAUCAGCAGAUAG